AUGCUGUCCAUCCUCCUCAGUUGUGGUGUCCUUGCAAUCGCUAUUUUCGCAAGUUGUAGUGCCGCGGUAACGACUGUCAGUGUUAAUGGCACGGCUACCCACAGCAUUCCGCCUCUGCUUUUGCUUCAAAAUCGCGCCUUCCAGCAGGUGACACCAGACACAACUAACGCUCUUUUCGGUUGGGCUCCAAUCAACGGCACGUCCAUCAAUGUUAUUGCUGACCCUAUCCCGCUCUCCGAUGCCCUGCCCAACUCCCUUGAGGUUGCCAUCCCAUUUGGCUCCUCUGUUCAAGUCGGAUUCGACAAUGAGGGCUAUUGGGGCAUAAACGUCAAUGCCUCUUGGACUUACAAUGCCUCUUUCUACUACAGGUUCCCAAGCGCAUCCGAUUUUUCUGGCAAAAUCACUGUCAUGCUUCAGUCUUCUAUUGGCGCAGUCUAUGCAAGCGCUUCUGUGCCUGUCUCCGGCUCCACCACAACAUGGACGCAGGUCGUGGUGCAUCUCACACCUUCCUCAAGCCCUGUGUCAACUACAAAUAUUUUCACGGUCACGGUCGAUGGUUCCAGCGCCAUCGGAGGGACGAUCAACUUCGCAAUGUUCUCUCUCUUCCCUCCAACAUUCAAGGGCAGAGCCAAUGGCUUGCGUAUGGACAUUGCGCAGGCGUGUUUUCAUCUGGAGUUGAAGCAACAUACAUUGUAUGAUAUGAAGCCUUCGUUCUUCCGUUUGCCCGGUGGUAACAACUUGGGCCAAGGCUUUUCUACACGCUGGCAAUGGAAUGCGACAGUAGGCAAUCUCAUUGACCGUCCAGGACGCAUGGGUGACUGGGGAUACGUCAACACUGAUGGUCUCGGUCUUCUCGAAUACAUGUAUCUUUGCGAAGAUAUGGAAAUGGAACCCAUUAUGGCUGUAUGGGCAGGGUACUCGCUUGACGGAGCCAGCCUCCCUGAGACCGAUCUCGCGCCAUACAUCCAACAGGCAAUCGACCAGAUUAAUUUUGUCAUCGGUGACUCCGCCACGAGUAAACCAGCUGCCCUGCGUGCAUCUCUUGGUCACCCAGAACCAUUCCAUCUGCAGUAUGUCGAAAUUGGCAAUGAAGACUUCUUCGCAUCAGAAUCGUAUAUAUACCGCUGGAGAGAUUUCGCGGGCAACUUGACGGCUACAUUUCCUCAGCUGAAGUUCAUCGCAACCUCAUACCCCUUCAAUCCCACUCUCGAUCCCAUCCCAAAGCAGUAUGACAACCACGUGUACCAGACACCUGGCUGGUUCGCAGAAAACGCAUUCUACUACGAUUCUGUCGAGCGCAAUGGCACUUACUACUUUGAGGGCGAAUAUGCUGUUGUGUCAACUAACGCCAGCGAUAUCUUCGGCACACCCACCGACGGUCGCCUUGUAUACCCUAAUAUGCAAGGAUCUUCAGGAGAAGCUGCAUUCAUGACCGGUCUCGAGCGUAACAGUGACAUUGUCUUCGCUGCGUCGUAUGCUCCCUUGUUAAUGAACAUUGCCAACUAUCAAUGGUCACCCAACCUUAUUGCCUUUGAUGCGUCAAAUGUGUACCCAUCAACCAGCUUCUACACACAACAGCUCUUCAGUCUCAACCGUGGAACCGAAUAUUUACCAAGCACCCUGCCUCAAAAUGGCACACUCCACUGGAGUGUCACGCGUGAUGCACCCACCAACACGAUUGUCAUCAAGAUUGCCAACGCGGGUAUGACAGCUGAAGAAAUGACAUUCGAGCUUCCUUUCAACGGUGUUCACGGCACUGGCACUGCGACAGUGCUCUCAGGUUCUGCUACUGCAAGUAACUCGCCCGAAACUCCCAAUGCUGUCAAGCCCGUCACUUCACAGAUUGAGACUGGUGAGAGUUUCUCGUACACUGCCCCAGCGUACAGUGUCAACGUACUGCGGGUGGAGGCGGAUUAG